GCUGACUUCGGCCGACGCCGAUCGUCGUCAGCGUCAUCAACAUUAAGUAGUCUUAUCAGUUAUACCGUCUCACCGGAUGAUGACGCUCGAUUUUCUUCUUAACCCGUGGCACCAUACAGUGUGAUGACGACCAGAUGACAACGCUGUGUGCAUGGCAUGCUGUGAACUGCGGAUAGACAAUGCCCGUGAGCACGGGGUCACUUGGGGAACCUCGCGCCAAGCGCUGCAAGCACUGCGACGAGUCCAGUCACCGGAGUGAUUCUGGCUCCGGGUAUUGGCAGCUUCAGUUGGACCGUGACCUAGUCGAGACCAUUUCCGCCAUAUACCCGGAGUGGUUCAAGAGCAAUAUGGCGGAGGGUGGCGGUCAUCAGGGGUCGACCCCGAGGGCUUCGCCACCGAAAGCGGUCGUCGACACAUCCCCGUUACUUAAUUCACUCGAACAAAAUAAAGAAUCCCUCAAGGUCAAAUUGAUGGUAAGACGUCCAGUGGAUCAACUUGUUGCACAAGGAAUUAUGCCUCCAUUAAAAGCGCCGGCAGCUUAUUAUGGACAAAGAAGACAACUGGAACGUGCAAAAACCGGUGAUAUGCUUAAAGCAAAAAUCCAACAAAGACCACCAAGACAAGAAUUAGAACGGAGACAUAUUUUAGAAUCUGACCCGGGACAUGUAGAUCCAAGUUUAGCAGAGAAACAACGAAUGUUGAAAAAAGCACGAUUGGCAGACCAAUUAAACGAUCAAUUAUCACAUCGACCGGGACCAUUAGAGUUGAUUCAAAAGAAUAUUCUUCAUACAGAAGAACCAAUUGAGAGUGCGGUAAAAGCCGGGCAUAUUCCGUAUAAAGCAACUUGUGAGGGACAAUUAAAUAGACCUCAACAUCCGAUAAGCUAUAUUAACCCGGAAGAUGAUUCUCAAAGUUCUGAAGAUAAUUUAGUUGUUAGCCCCGGAAAUUCGGAUGUAUUGGAAACUGCCGCGAAAUCAGCCGGAAUUGUGGUGAGUUUAAUACCGGCGACUGAAGGAACCGUGGUGGUUACAACACCAAAUUUUGUGACAACAAUUAAAGACAGUAAUCGGGAGUCGUUAGUGUUUACCUCGUUAAUACAAAAUCGUUCUGCAUCAAGUCCCGCGUCUUUAGUUUCUUCCACUUCUACUUUGAGUCCUCUAUCAUCGAUCGCUAGUCCUGUUCCUUCAAUAGUUUCCCAACCAACAACCCCAAUUCCUCCCCCUCUACCUACAACAACAUACACACCCCGUUCGAUACAAUCCCCCAAAAGUGAUGCACCUGGAAAAGAUAAAAAUCGAAAAAAAUCUAAAUCCAAAUCAACACCAAAAACCCGCACGAUUAAAUUCCAUGAAUAUAAAGGACCACCAAGCGCACAAAAAUCGUUGCCAUUAAACAAUAAUAAUAACGGAGAAAGUUCUUAUGAUUUAUUAUUACAACAACAAACUUUAUUGUUGCAAUUUCAAUUACAACUACAACAUAAAUACCCUCAAAUUAUUUUACCGGCGCAAAAGAAUCAAAACGAAACCCAAUCGGUUAAUAAUCCUCUUCCAUCACCGGCUAGUUCCACCAAUUCAGAAUGUACUAUUUCGGCGAGAAUAGGUAAAUUAGAAGACAUGAAAGUGAGCGAUUUAAAAGCUGAAUUAAAAAGGCGAAAUUUACCAGUUUCCGGUUCAAAACCUCAAUUAAUUGAGAGGUUAAAACCUUUCACAACCGGCGAAAUCCAACAACCCGAUUCAACCAGCAAACAAUCCGAUGACAUUAUUCUUCAUCAUUCUCCACCACAACACAGUGAUGUUGGUUCACCUCAAAACAACGUUAAAGACGAACCUAUGGAUACAUUAAAUCCAAUUAGUCCUCAACCAAUUGAUACUCAAGACCAAGACGAUAUUGUUAAAAAACAACAAAGACAAAUCGAAGAGUUACAACGCGAAUUGACGUUGAGUCAAUUAAAAUUAAAAGCUGUAACCACGCAUGAACCCAAAGCUCAAUUAUUAGCUUUGCAAAAACGUUUACAAGUUAAACAACAACAGCAACAACAAUUAGCGGAACAAUUACAUAUGCAAAAUUUGUUGAAGGCAAGGCAAGAUCAGGAAAGGAUACAACAACAACAACAUGUUGCUUUUCAAAAUCAAAAGAAUUUAGGGGGUGGAUUGGUUUUAACCGAUUCUAAUUUUAUUAAUCAAUUGGUUGCGAAUAAAAUACUUUUAAAUGGACACAAUAGAAUCAAUUCGGCACCGAAUUUUUUGCAAAGUACAAUUAUAGCGCCGGUUAAAAAAGAGGUUGAAGAAAAUGUGAGACCACCGCCCUACGAUGAAGCAACUAAACAAAUUAAAAAGGAGAAAAAUAAUGUUAAAAGUCAAAUAGUUGAUGAUGUUUUAGAAAUUUUAAUUAAAAACGGCGAGUUACCGCCGAGUGCAGCUCAAGAUCCAUCAACUCCAAAUUCAGCGGGGAUUGUUAAGAACGAACCGGUUUUUCCUAACAAUCAACAACAACCGGAAGUGACUAGCACGGAAAUUUUAAAAUUAGAAACCGAUUUCUUAGAUUGUCCAUUAGACAACAUGGACAUUAAUCAAUUGGUGAUGGAACUAGCUCAACCUAGUGAAGGUAAUCAAAACAUCAAACACGAAACGAUUCCAAUGGACACCGAUGAGUGGCUCGAAAGUUUAUUACCGCCCGAUAAUAAUCAUAAUAAUAAUCAAAAUUUUACAACACAAAUUCACGAAUCCUCGGAUAUCAGCGGUUACGAUCCUCUACUUGGUAUUACACAAGAACCCUUGGAUGAUCCCUUUUGUUUGGAAGAGUUCCGGUCAACACCCGAUAUGCACGCCCUCUCUUGGGAUUAUGCGUCGUAGUAAUUAAUGUGCAACAGACAUUCUUUAAAUUCCAAAUGCGAUGUGCGAUUCCACUCGGUUAUAGAGAAACAAUAAAGAGACAUUCCAAAAAAUGAAAAACGUUUUUCUUUUCGCUGUAAAAGAAAUGGAAGCGUUUUCAAGCAAUGUGCGGUCGCCAUGUUUGCUGAAAAACGGCGAGGGACCAGGGCGACCACUACACACGGGCCAGGGAACACAUCAGCUAAAUUGUACAUAGCCUAUAUACACACGUAGUAUAUUAUUUCACGCGGUAAUUCUUGUACAAAUUUGUUCUUUUUUUUCGUUUUCCUAGAUUUACGUUUUAGUUUCUUUUUUUUUCUUUAAUUAAUCACGGACAAUAAUUCUUAAUAGGUAUACAAAUUAAUUUUAUUUUAUUGUAACGUUGAUAGGAGAUGAUUUAUUUUGUUGACUAUUUGAGUAUAUUUCUAGUGGGGAACGGUGGUUCGCACCCUUCCCGGUUAUAUUAAACAAACAAGGAAUGUCCUGCAUUGUUAAUUCUUUUCGUUUCGUCUUUUCAUUAUAAGUUCACGUUCUUUUCCUUAAGGAUAUUGUAAUAUAAACGCAUACAUACAUGUAAUACGAUAAAUAAAGAAGAUGCCUUAAUAGACAAUUUGUUAAAAUAACGAUAAUAAGCUGCGAUUGUAAAAAAAAUUAAACGGAACAAAAAAAAUUUACAACAAAUAUGGAGUGUGUGAUUUCGUUCGAAAUACUGUUUACGCGUACUCAGUUAUUAUUAUUUUUUUUUUGCUAAUUGCCAAUUUCUCUCUAUUUAUGAUGGACAGUAUGUGAGUGAAUAAAAGCUUCGAGAAUAAAAAAUAAAUAAUUA